AGGGCGGCUCUGGCGGCGCCUGGAGCGGCGUCCGCGGCGGCGGGACCGGGGGUAGUUGGUGCAGAGCGGAGUCCCAUGGUUCGGGGCUACGGCCAGGCCGCAGGAGAAGCCCGAGCUCCGGGCCGCCCCAGCUGACCGUGCGGGCCCGCGCGGCCCGGAGCCGCCGCCGCCCUUCGGGCCCCGCAGGGGCGCGGGCCGGCCAGCCAUGGGGUCCCUGUUCCGGAGCGAGACCAUGUGCCUGGCGCAGCUCUUCUUGCAGUCCGGCACGGCCUACGAGUGCCUCAGCGCCCUGGGCGAGAAGGGCCUGGUCCAGUUCCGAGACCUGAACCAGAAUGUAAGUUCUUUCCAAAGAAAAUUUGUUGGGGAGGUGAAGAGGUGUGAAGAACUAGAGCGAAUAUUGGCAUAUUUGGUGCAGGAAAUUAAUAGAGCUGAUAUUCCCCUCCCUGAGGGAGAGACCAGUCCUCCUGCACCACCCCUUAAACAAGUGCUCGAAAUGCAGGAGCAGUUGCAGAAGCUGGAGGCUGAGCUGAGGGAGGUCACGAAGAACAAGGAGAGGCUGAGGAAGAACCUCCUGGAGCUGACCGAGUACACCCACGUGCUGCGAGUGAGCAAGGCCUUCGUCAGGCGCGACAUGCAGUUUGAACCCACUUACGAAGAAUUCCCUUCCUUGGAGAAUGAUUCUUUGUUGGACUACAGCUGUAUGCAGAGGCUGGGAGCAAAACUGGGAUUUGUGUCUGGCCUCAUUAACCAAGGGAAAGCUGAAGCAUUCGGGAAAACGCUGUGGCGAGCCUGCAGAGGGCACAGCAUCGUGACGCACGCAGAACUGGAGGGGCCCCUGGAAGACCCUGAAACGGGAGAAGUCAUAAAAUGGUAUGUGUUUUUGAUAUCCUUUUGGGGAGAGCAGAUUGGCCACAAGGUUAAGAAGAUAUGUGACUGUUACCAUUGCCACGUUUACCCCUACCCGAAUACCGCCGAGGAGCGGAGAGAGAUUCAGGAGGGCCUGAACACCCGGAUUCAAGAUCUGUAUACUGUGCUUCACAAAACCGAGGAUUACUUAAGGCAAGUGCUCUGUAAAGCCGCCGAGUCAGUCUACAGCCGCGUCAUCCAGGUGAAGAAGAUGAAAGCCAUUUACCAUAUGCUGAACAUGUGCAGCUUUGACGUGACCAACAAGUGCCUCAUCGCCGAGGUCUGGUGUCCCGAGGCCGACCUGCACGAGCUGCGCCUUGCUCUGGAGGAGGGCUCGAGACAGAGCGGUGCUUCGAUCCCCUCAUUCAUGAACACAAUCCCAACAAAAGAAACACCCCCGACUCUCAUCCGCACCAACAAGUUCACCGAGGGGUUUCAGAACAUCGUGGAUGCCUACGGGGUUGGGAGCUACCGAGAAGUGAACCCAGCUCUCUUUACCAUCAUCACUUUCCCCUUUUUAUUUGCCGUGAUGUUUGGAGACCUUGGACAUGGCUUUGUGAUGUUCUUAUUUGCCCUCCUGUUGGUGUUAAAUGAAGAUCAUCCCAGACUAAGUCAGUCACAAGAGAUCGUGCGGAUGUUUUUCAACGGCCGCUACAUCCUCCUGCUGAUGGGGCUGUUCUCAGUGUACACGGGCCUCAUCUACAACGACUGCUUCUCCAAGUCGCUCAACCUCUUCGGCUCCGGGUGGAACGUGUCUGCCAUGUACAGCUCCGGUCACAGCCCAGCGGAGCAGAGGAAGAUGAUGCUCUGGAAUGCCAGCGUCAUCAGGCACAACAGGGUUUUGCAGUUGGAUCCCAGUGUUCCCGGAGUGUUCCGAGGCCCUUAUCCUCUUGGCAUCGAUCCCAUUUGGAACUUGGCCACAAAUCGUCUCACUUUUCUGAACUCUUUCAAAAUGAAAAUGUCUGUGAUUUUAGGAAUUACUCACAUGACUUUUGGAGUCAUUCUGGGAAUAUUUAACCACUUACAUUUCAGGAAGAAGUUCAACAUUUACCUGGUUUCCAUCCCGGAACUUCUCUUCAUGCUCUGCAUCUUUGGCUACCUUGUCUUUAUGAUUUUCUAUAAGUGGCUGGUUUAUUCAGCAGAAACCUCCAGAGUCGCUCCUAGCAUUCUGAUUGAAUUUAUUAAUAUGUUUUUAUUCCCGGCUAGUGACACAGGUGGUCUUUACCCAGGGCAGGAGCACGUCCAGAGGCUGCUUCUGGUCAUCACAGCGUUGUCUGUCCCUGUGCUCUUCUUGGGAAAGCCACUCUUCUUGUUGUGGCUUCACCGUGGGCGCAGUUGCUUUGGGGUCAGCAGGAGUGGUUACACACUUGUAAGGAAAGAUAGCGAGGAAGAAGUUUCUUUGCUGGGAAGCCAAGACCUAGAAGAGGGAAACAACCAAAUGGAAGAUGGUUGUAGAGAAGUGACGUGUGAAGAGUUUAAUUUUGGAGAAAUAUUAAUGACCCAAGUAAUUCAUUCCAUCGAGUACUGUCUGGGAUGCAUCUCCAACACCGCUUCGUACCUGAGGCUCUGGGCACUCAGUUUGGCUCACGCACAGCUAUCUGACGUGCUGUGGGCCAUGCUGAUGCGGGUCGGCCUCCGCGUAGACACGACCUACGGGGUCUUGCUGCUUCUCCCAGUCAUCGCUCUCUUUGCGGUUUUGACCAUUUUCAUCCUUUUGAUCAUGGAAGGGCUUUCUGCAUUUCUUCACGCCAUCCGCCUCCACUGGGUAGAAUUUCAGAACAAAUUCUACGUUGGUGCAGGCACCAAAUUUGUUCCUUUCUCACUCAGAUUACUUUCUUCGAAGUUUAGUGACGACAUGGCAUGAUCAUAUUGCCGUAUCCAACAAGCUUUCAGAUUUAAGGAGAAUUAUCAUGUUGUAGAAUUUCCUUAUGUUAAAUUGACGAUAGGAAAAAUUCCAUCUUCAUUAACUGCCUUAUGAGAUAGCCAAAUGAUUCUGUAAGAUAUACCUCUUCCUCAUAUGUUAAAUAAUUUUGUAAAGUUUCUCAAUUUCAGAUAUAUAAAUUUCUUUCAGUUUUUAUGAUGAGCAAAUAUAAGUUAAUGCCAAAAGUUAUGUUAAAGUUAUUUUUAAAAAUAUAGUCUUGGGGGAGAGAAGCCAAUUUUGAAUGGCUAAUUGAAAAUGGUCUUAAAUACUUGAUUCCUUUUCAACUUAUUUAAAAAAAAAAACUAGAGUUAUUCUGUCACCUGAAGUUGUCAGAUAAUAUUUUCCAACAGCUGAAGUUAAGUAGUUUUUAAAAAAAUUUAAUGAUGGUUAAUCAAAAGAUUCACAUUUAUUUUGCUUGGUUAAAAGUAUGCAAACUUUUUUUAUCGUAUGCUAUCUAGAAUUGCAAGUAGAAUUGUUUCUACGAUUUUGUCUUGUUAUAAUAAUUGGAGAAAAUGGGAUAAAAUAACAUACAACAAAUGGUUAUCCCACUUGUAUAUUUUUUUAAAGACUCUUGUUAUCCUUACAUAAAACCAAUUAUGAUAAUUGUAUGUUUGGGAAGAUAAACUGUGUACUGAGCCUUAAAAUCCAGUGUGACUGUAGACGAUGUAAUAUGGAUAUGAUUCGAACGUAGUGACCAGCUUGGCUGAUGUCCCUGAACCAAAAGGGGUUUAUACUGAGUGAAGGAAAGGUAAAAAGUAGGAUUUUGUAUAUUUUUAUAAUAAAAUAUAAAUUAAGGUAUUUUACCAUGAAGAGGGUGCACCUAUCCUUGAGAACAGUAUAAUUAUAAUGAUUCAGUUUCAGACUAAUUCGAAAUAAAUGUCUAAUAAAGGCAUUUAGAGUUAAACUUUUAAAAACUAUUUAGAUCAGUUGAAAACCAAUUCUUACUAAGCCAUUAAUGUAUAUAAUCUUCAGAUUAAAUUCAUCUUUUCACUUGA